GAAAUUCAAAUGUGAAGUCGGUUACGUUGAGGAAAUUUCACACCUGUCCACGGUUCAGCAAAAGCUUGCCACCACUCUCACUCCCACUCCUCAUUGCUCUUUCUUUGAAUCUUUCCGCUCUUUUCGAGUUUAGUUGAUGGAAUGAAGAGUUGAUGUGGUGAUUUACUGUCACAUUUUGAAGUUCUUUAGCAGGAAUGAUUCUUUCUGCUCUUUUAACUUCUGUUGGAAUCAAUCUUGGCCUUUGUUUUUUAUUUUUCACUCUAUAUUCUAUACUGAGGAAGCAGCCUGGUAACAUCCAUGUCUAUGCACCACGCUUGGUUGCUGAAGGAAAAUCUCAACGUACAAAUCAUUUCAAUUUAGACAGAUUAUUACCUUCUGCUGGUUGGGUGACAAGAGCAUGGCAGCCCUCUGAAGAAGAUCUCUUGUCAACGUCAGGCUUGGAUGCUGUGGUUUUUAUGCGUAUUUUCAUCUUCAGUUUGAGAGUAUUUACCUUUGCUGGAAUUAUUGGGGUUUUCAUUCUUCUUCCAAUUAAUUAUUUGGGGAAUCAGCUAAGUAUUGAUUUUUCUGACUUGCCGAACAAAUCCUUGGACUCUUUUAGUAUUUCAAAUGUCGACAAUGGCUCAAACAGGUUAUGGAUUCACUUCUCUGCUGCAUACGUUUUCACUGGAGUGGUCUGCUAUCUUCUUUAUUUUGAGUAUAGCUAUAUAUCAUCAAAAAGGAUCGCUUGGUUUUAUCAUUCCAAACCCCAGCCGCAUCAGUUCACUAUUUUAGUUAGUGGUAUCCCUGUCUCAUCUGGAAGCAGAGUUGGUGAAAGUGUUGAGAGUUUUUUCACCAAGUAUCAUCCUUCUACUUACCUUUCACAUACAGUAGUCCGUCGAACAAACAAACUUCAGAAGGUCAUUGACGAUGCAGAAAAACUAUAUAGAACGCUUGGCCACUUAAAAUCAAAAAGGCAUACUCAACAAAGGUUCAGGCGUGAUGGCUUUUUGGGACUCUCUGGACGCAGAGUUGAUCUUUUAGAUCAAUAUGAAAAGAAGUUAGAAGAUCUAGAAGAUAAUCUGAGAAUGGAGCAAUCCUCAUUGGCAGGAGAGGAAGUUCGGGCUGCCUUUGUAUCUUUCAAGUCACGAUUUGGUGCUGCAAUAGCUUUGCACAUCCAACAAGGGAUUGAUCCCACUGAGUGGGUCACUGAGCGAGCUCCUGAGCCACAGGAUGUUUACUGGCCUUUCUUUUCAGCAUCAUUCUUAAAGAGGUGGAUAUGCAAGCUGGUGUUUGUUGUUGCAUAUAUUCUUCUUACAGUUUCCUUCCUCAUUCCAGUUGUAAUAGUGCAAGGACUUACUCAUUUGGAUCAGUUGGAGGUCUGGUUUCCUUUUCUGAGGGGUGUACUGACUAUCACAUUUGUCAGUCAAGUGAUUACAGGAUAUCUUCCUAGUCUCAUUCUUCAGUUGUUCUUAUCUCUUGUGCCACCAAUCAUGAUCAUUUUUUCAUCCAUGCAAGGAUACAUUUCAUUCAGUAAGAUACAAAAAAGCGCAUGCACCAAGAUGCUGUGGUUUACCAUAUGGAACAUUUUCUUUGCAAAUGUACUAUCAGGAUCAGUUCUCUAUCAGGUUAAUAUCAUCCUCGAGCCCAAGGAAAUUCCUAAGAUACUAGCUGAAGUUGUUCCAGCACAGGCAUCAUUCUUCAUUGCUUAUGUUGUUACAUCUGGAUGGACCAGUCUAUCUUCAGAGAUAUUUCGAAUGUUUCCCCUCAUUUGCAGUUUUGUAAAGCAACAUUUUACAGGAAAUGAUGGUGAAGAAUUCCAGGUUCCAUCAAUUCCUUAUCACAAAGAAAUUCCCACAAUUCUCUUCUUUGGUCUUCUUGGUGUAACAUACUUCUUCCUUGCUCCACUAAUUCUUCCAUUCCUCUUGGUUUAUUUUUGUCUGGCGUAUAUCGUCUAUCGAAACCAGCUACUCAAUGUAUUUGCACCCAAAUAUGAAACUGGUGGGAAGUUUUGGCCUAUAGUGCACAAUUCAACAAUAUUUUCCUUGGUCUUAAUGCAUAUUAUUGCAAUUGGAAUAUUUGGACUGAAGAAGCUUCCUCUAGCAUCUAGCUUAACUAUUCCUCUUCCGGUUCUCACGCUUCUUUUUAAUGAGUUCUGCCGGAAACGGUUCCUGCCUAUAUUCAGGGAUUAUUCUGCUGAGUGUUUGAUAAAUAAAGACAGAGAAGACCAGAGGGAUCCUACAAUGGUUGAAUUUCGUGAUAAAUUAGUCACUGCAUAUCAAGAUCCAGCUCUGAAGCCAAUCCAAUAUUCUGGAAGCAUUGGCCGUCUCAAAUCUCCUCUUCUUCAUUCUGCUGUUGCUUGAAGUUAGUAGCUAACUUGUCUCUUCAUGGCAUCUGGGUCUGAAAAAGUACCUGUGUUUUUCCAAUAAUAUAGUCCUGUGAAUGGUUUUGAUGCCGAUUAUGUACAUUCCAUAGUAAAAAUUGGUCCAGAAAGAAGUAUUUGUCUGUGUGUCACAUGUGUGCCUGUGUUUUGUUAUUGUAAAGUAUAUGAUGUUGUGCAUGAGCACUUUGUUUUACUGCUAUCCUUGUUUUGGUUGUGAAUUCUGAGUAGCAUGAUCUAUCUGAUGUUGUUCCAGAUGUUUCCAA